GACGUGAGAAAUAUGGCUGAAAGCCGUGGUCUUGGCUGGUCAUGGGACCAGGGCAUUCAUCCGAUUCUUCUCGAUUGGGUGGAGCUGAGCACCAUUUAAUACCAUGCAAAAAUUAUCAGUUCAUUGGUACCAAGCUAAGGAAGAUCAUUAUCUUAAAUGGAAAUACUUGAAGGUCCCCUCCUUGGACUGAAAAGGUUGACUGCCUCAGCAAAUGGGAAUGUGCUGUUCCGUAGGUGAGAUUAUGGUUCAAUGGUGUCACUUUGUAGGCGUAGCACAGUAUGUUGGUGGAAUUGAAUUCCGUUUAGAGGGCUAUAUAAAGCCAAGAUAUAUAUGGCUGAGAGAUAAAUGGCUGAGAGAUAUAUGGCUGAGAGAUUUAUGGAUCAGAUAUAUGGCUGAGAGAUAUAUGGCUGAGAGAUACAUGGCUAAGAGAUAUAUGGCUGAGAGAUACAUGGCUGAGAGAUAUAUGGCUGACAGCAUCGAGAGAUGAACUUAAAUUUUGUUAUAAAUUGUAUUUUAUGUCUUAAGUGUCCAACGCAGUAACUGAAGGGUCACAACACCAUUUAUGUUGUGACUGCAAUAGUUAUCUUCACAGUGCACCAUUUAUGUUCUGACUGCACUAGUUAUCUUCACAGGGCGCCAUGAGACGCAGGUAGAGCCCUGUCAUGGGCACCACAGUUUUUACGUCCACCCCGAGGGGUCCCUCAACAACUCCACCUUCAACAUAGUGUACCGCCCACCCCACCUCAACGAACGACUCGCUCCGGGUAGGUGAAUGGGAGAGACAGUGGGAGGCAGUGAGAGAUAGUGAGAGACAGACAGAGACAGUGAGAGAAAGUGAGACAGUGAGAGUCAGAGAGAGAGAGAGAGACUGUGAGAGAUGGUGAAAGACAGAGAGAGAGAGAGAGAGACGGUGAGAGACAGACAGAGAAACGGUGAGUGACAGGUAGAGAAAGAGAGAGCUAAAGAGAGAAACAGAGAGAUAGAGAGGAAGACAGAGAGACAGAUAGAGAGAGACUGGUAGGGAUGUAUAUACAGUAGCCCAUUUGACAAUAUAUCUUAGCACAAAAUCUCUUUCACAAUUCACCAUAGGACUUCAAGCAUGCAAUCAGGCAGCUUUCGAAGCCUGGGAUGGUAGCGAAGCAUCGUAUUCUUUUGUUGAUCUAUGGUCAAAAGUUAAGUUGAGCUCGCGCCUGGCUGGUAAAGAUCCCAUGAAAAUACAAACCUUUGUUAAACGAGGAGCGUGUUCAGUGUGUUACAUUACAGGCAAUAAAUGUGUCUGUCCACGUUCUGUCCAGGCGAGGCCAAACCACGGUUCUGGAUGAGUCCCAGCAACAUAAUCCAAGGUCCGGCCGUGGUCAGUGUGGCAUGGUGUCAGCUGUGCCAGCCCCAAAGCUUCAGCAACCCUCCCAGGCAGAAUAACAGUAAGUCAUUGGCUGCCUCUAACGUCAUAAGAUCUUCUAUCUUUAUAAAGCACGUGUGAACGACUAACCUUUGACCUACUUGUUGCAUUUAGGGUGAGAACUUUACUUCAUUUGUGUCAGAACUAUUAAGAUGGAUCCUUUUUUUUUUUAAUUGUGUUAAAAAAACAACAUAUAAAGCUACUUUUUUAAAAAAAAUAAAAAAUUUACGUUUUAAUGCCCCCCCCCCCUUUCCCACCCCACCCUUUUUUUUUUUAAUUUUCUAAAAAAAAAAAAAAUAAAACCUCCUUUUUUAAAAAAAAAAAAAAAUUUCCUUUUUAAUGCCCCCCCCCCCCUUUCCAACUCCACACUUUCUCAGCGGACCCUAAAAUAAAAUUCAAAACCACAGAGAACUUAAGUUGGCAAAAAGAGACGAAUUAUUUAUUUUUACCUGGCUUUUAUAGUUUCUAUAUUUUUUAAUUUAUUUAGUUGUUUGUUGUUGUUUUUUUUAAAAUCUUCCCGAACAUGGGAUAGGACGAUGCACACAAAACGUAAAGUGCAAAUUAAUUCUUCCCUAGACAAAAGGUUAAACAAAAGAAAGAACAACCGCGUGGACACUGGUCACCGACAUGACGACGCCCUGGAGAUCAGUGCCAGCAACAUGGAGGACCACAUGGAGGGGGACAAGAACAUGAUGGUCAAGGCGUAUCCCAGUUUCCUGCUGCCCUACAUCAACAAGGUAACGGCAACGAUUUUUUUGUUGUUGUAAUUUUCGUGUUUGCUGUGUACUACGUCAUCGAAAUUUGCGAAGCUGCUCAUUGUUUUAAUUUUUUUUUUAUAUUAAAUGUAUGACGUUUUGUACCAUUUGAUUACUGACACAGCACAAAGUGACCGGAAAUUUGAUCGAAAGAAAUGUCGUCGACGGUAAAUUGAUCGAACGGAAAUUUGGUCGAAUCUUUUUUUUUUUCUGUUUUUUUUUCAGUUCACACGUUAAAAUUUUCGUCAAAUUUCUUUUUGAACACAUUCUACUAUAUCGCAAAACACAAUAAUGCGUUCAAAAAGAAAUUUAAAGCAAACUUUUAACGUGUGAACUGAAAAAAAGGUUCGACCAAAUUUUCGUUCGAUCAAAUUACCGCCGAUCAAUUUACCGUCCACGAAAUUUUUUUCUAUCAAAUUUCCGGACACGCAACACAAAGGCGUGAAAUAUGAAGGGGAAUAUGCAAUAGUCAAUAUUUUUAUUCCCCUUAUUUUAUUUAUAUAUUUGUUUAAUAUGAGAAAAUCGAUACAUUUAAAUUUGAACAGAUGUAUAUUUUUUUAAAAUAAAGAGACUGCAUUUCCUUGAAUGUCGUGAAACAUGACACAUGAAACCAUGACACAUGAAACCAUGACACACUGAACUCAAGACACAUGAAACCAUGCCACAUGAAACCAUGAUACACUGAACUCAAGACACAUGAAACCAUGACACACUGAACUCAAGACACAUGAAACCAUGACACAUGAAACCCUGACACAUGAAACCAUGACACACUGAACUCAAGACACAUGAAACCAUGACACACUGAACUCAAGACACAUGAAACCAUGACACAUGAAACCAUGACACACUGAACUCAAGACACAUGAAACCAUGACACAUGAAACCAUGACACACUGAACUCAAGACACAUGAAACCAUGACACACUGAACUCAAGACACAUGAAACCAUGACACAUGAAACCAUGACACACUGAACUCAAGACACAUGAAACCAUGACACAUGAAACCAUGACACACUGAACUCAAGACACAUGAAACCAUGACACACUGAACUCAAGACACAUGAAACCAUGACACAUGAAACCAUGACACACUGAACUCAAGACACAUGAAACCAUGACACACUGAACUCAAGACACAUGAAACCAUGACACACUGAGCUCAACAUGUCACAAAUUCGUUUGUAUUUCCAAAGGAAAGCCAGGCGUGGAUAAAGACACAAAUAUUUGGAAGUACAUUUCUGAUAUUUUGAAGCUAUUUGCGUCAAUAUUUUUGUUAGUAAUUUUUAUACAUUGUUUUCCCUUUUAAUUUUUUUUAAUAGUCGAGUGGGGUGAAGGUGGGAUGAUGAAGUUCAGGGUCAUCUGUUAUUUUUGAAACUUUAACGAUUUUAAUUACAAUAAAGUAUUAAUUACUUUUUUUAAAUAUUUUUUUUCCUACCACAGUACUAUUUCACACAUGCAAAGAUUUCAACAACAAAAGUUAAUGGGCAAAAAAUUUAACUUAUGACUUAUAAAAGUCAUCUUUAUCCCCCCCCCCCUUUUUCCUUAGACAAUACGCCUCCGUCUCGUGUUUAUGGACCCCAAGGUUGAGCAGUUGGUUGGAGAGUACGGCCACUUAAAACACAGCCGUGAAGCCGAGACAGACCCCAUGAUGGAAACGUCCUACCUUGUCCGAAAUAUGCAUUCCCUGAAGCUACAUUUGAAAUACAGGUCGGGUGCCAUUGUGGUGGGGGUGGGGGGGGUUGUCGCAGGGGAUGUUGUGCAGUUAAAGGCAGUUAGAUUACCGAAACAGUGGGAGGUUUGCUAUAAAAUUUUCACUGUUUCAUUCUCAAAGAUGAGGUUCACAACGUCUAUAGAAUUUAUGUUUAAACACUUGUUUGAUGGAACGAAAGACGAUUGUUUCCCUCCAACAUUGACCAUUUUCUCCUGGAACCAAAUUAUAUUUUAAAAGACAAAGCCAACAGAUGUAAUUAUUUUUUUUAAAGCUAGUAAUUUUUUAUGUUUUGUGUGUGUGUGUGUGUUUGGGGGUGGGGGAGUAUUUCUAUUUUAAAAUGUUGGAGUAUGUGUUAUCAGAAUAUUGCAAAAUGUGUGUAUGUUUUUUUUUCUUCUUUUAAAAAAAAAACUAAAUAAAAAAACAAGAAGUUCUUGAAACNGUGAUGUGGUGGACCCAGUGGCGUAGCGAGGUUUUAGUGCCGGCCGGGGUGGGUAAAGUGUUUGGCCGCCCCUUUCCAAAGAAAAAAUCUCUCCUGGCAGGCGAAACUGCUGCCCCUCAAUAUAAGGAGGGAAAAAGUGCCCCCCCCCCCGGGGCGAACCGCCUCUCCGCACCCCCUUUUUUUACGCCACUGGGUGGAUCCGACACGAAUCAAAUAACGUUGGUUUACGCACUUUAAAAAUCUUCCUUUAUUUGACUGUAAUUUAGAAAAAUAAAAAAAAUUAUAAUUAUGUAUAGUUAAAUGAAAUAACAAAAAGCUAAACAGUAAACAGUUUUUACAACAGACCACUUAGAAUUAUACGUUUGAGACAGCAUUCUAUACAUGUUUGAAUGAUAAUGAUAAAGGGGACCAUCCAGUCGUUACUGGGGAGUGGGGUCCUGUUGAAAAACUACUUCACCCAGCGACAUGUUAUCGUUUUAUAGUAACUUUUUGAUUCUGCCCCCUGUCCACGCAGUUGCAUUGUCCAAGGACUACCAGAAGUUCAGCUGGAGGAGAACCAUGGCGGGGUCAAGCGUCUGAAGCGAGUCCGUUAUAGGAACAUGCCGGUGUGCUGGAUAGAUCUUGACCACCGGAAACCGAACAUCCAUGUUGCUGGUAGGUAGGACAAUAGACCACAGGACAUUUAUUGGCCGUGAGGUGGGACUUUGAUUGGCCGUGGUGAAGGACAUAUUUAAAGAGAUGUUUGUUUUUUUCUUCAUCAAACUAUCGAAUUAGUCCUUCACUGGUAAAUUAUGUGCCAUUUAUAGUACUUGUCUAAAAUGCUUAAAUCACGUAUCAAUUUUUCUCAUAAGUUAUGUUAAAUUAUAAUUCACAUAUUUAUAAAUUAAAUUGUUCCUGUCUUUUUCGUAAGGUGAACAAUUUGAAUUAUCCCUCGGACCCCCGUGCCCGUCCUUGACUCCUGACGAUUUUCCUGACGGAAAUGGUGAAACCCCCAUGAUCCUCGGCACCUAUGUGAGGGCGCUGGACACUGCCCCUGAGAGGAGACUCAAGUUUAGUGCCCGCCUCUUCCAUUGGUUCAACCACUCCUCCGAGUGUUACAGUGACGUCAUGAUGGGCCACGAGAACAUUGGUGACAAGUAUAUCAGAACCUGACAAAUUAGCCCCCCCCCCACCACCCUCGCCCCUCCCCGCAGACUCCUUAUUAAUUAAACAUCAUUUAUGGAAAGAAAC